AUGGUAAUAAGGGGAAGAGCGAUGCGAACAGUCUCUAUCCGUAAACAGGCCCAGAGACCCGGUUCAAAUCGCUCAACAUCUACGCUCAGGGCCGCGCUCAUCGGAGCGCCCAGCUCAAGCCCUUUACCAGCCCGCCGGACCGACACACUGCAGGCAUAUCCCCUGAAGUCAUCACUCCCAGUCGGUGUGGGAGCGUUGGCCUUGUUCUCGAUAUCCCGCGCACAUUUUGCUCCGCAGGAGCUGCAGCACCCAUCCGUCACCUGUCUUGCGUCAUAA